AAUUUCUGGUUGAUUCCUUUGUUGUAGAAUUUAAAAAACAUAAAGGAUGUAAACAAUAUUAUCUUGAGUUAAUUAUUAUCUGAAAAGAAUUAAAAGACUACAUAAUUAUAUAAAAAUGUGUAUAUAUUGAUAUAUUUUAAUCUUCAAUCUUUAUAUAUAUAGCAGUAUAUAUAUAUUAGUGACACACAUUUUAAGUAUACAUAACCUCACGUUCACAAUUGACCUAUACACACAUAACAAUGUCAGUGUUUAUAAAGAAUGUAACUUAACAAAUACGUAAUAAAUGAGUACAGUAUAUGCAUAUAAUCAUGGGAAGUGGAGGAAAGGUGAAAAAUAUGUCCCUGCAUAAAAUCACAACAUUGUAUUACUUUCGAAACAUGGGAGUAUAAUUAAUUCAAAAUUUUUAAGCAUUCACUGGUCGCGGGCGUGUGCCUUGUCCCCAAAAAGUAAAAUACAUUUUUUUUUUUUAUUUAACCGUGUUUAUCUUCAAAAGAAACAAUAAUUUUGUAUCUUCGAUUUGAACGUAAUAACGUUGAAAAUCGUUUUUUAAAAAAAAUGUCAUUUAUUGGUUUUACUCAUUACGACGUGGGUAGACAGUUUGUGUCAUUCUAUUAAGAAAAUUGAGGGAUAAAAUUUUUUCCAACAAAAUGCCGAGUUUAAGGAAAAAAGUUGUGGGAUUUAUGCGUCAAUUAUCGAUAAGCAAUUUGACAGCUGCCGUUGAAAGUAUCGGCCAAGGGGACCAUCAAAAUUUACAAUAUCCAAAAACAACACAACAAGAACUCGUGGGAGGUUGCUUUAUUUCACGUUACUUAAACGGAUUGGAAAAGAAACAAGAGGGACCACCAAUCAUACAUGGUCGAAGUCCCGAAGAACUUCCUACGAAACCCCUAGGAGAUUAUGAUAAAAACGAAAAGGAAUUCGCUGCCAUAACAGGUCCUGAUCGGGGACUUACAACAGUCAAUUUAAAACAAAAACAUUUAAGCAUCAGUGAUCCGGAUGUGGAUUAUAUUGACAUCUUGGAUCAACCUGACCAAAAUGGAUCCGGCCACGAUCGAUGGCGAACCUUACGUUCUACGGACUCUUCAAUUUAUCCGAUUGACAACAGUCGUGUGAAGAUAAGAGCAGCCGGUAAACUUUAUGAGCCUGCACCAAAGCAUUUACAACAGACAAAUCUCAUAAAAAAUAAAAUUUAUUUUAAAGAGUACAAACCAAAUUCACUUGAUCUCGAUAGUGAUUCAGAUGAAAGACAUAAUAAUUCAUUAAGUAAUAAUUAUGAACAAGUGGACAAUCAAAAGACAUCUAAUUUAUUAGAUGAAACUUUAAAAGAUAAUAUCAAUUUUCCACUAAGAAACAAUGUGCAAUUUCAAUGUGAUGAUGAAAUACAAGGUCAAUCGGGGGAAAAUUUCGAAACUAAAAUUGAACAAAAAGUUGAGGAUUCUUAUAAGGAUGGAUUAAAUUGUAAUUUAAGUGGACGAGAAGUACAUUUUACAUUGCAGAAUAUGUCAAAUGAUACACUUAAUAGUUCAAGUGAAGGAGAUUUGGGAUGUAAUAUAAUACCACCGCCUUCAGAAUUUGCCACUGAAAUGAAUCCUCUCAGAAAAUCAAAAAGUGCACCGGCUCCAUUUAAGAAAUUUAAUAAAGGUAUGGCUUCUGAUGGAGAAAUUGCUGGUGUGUCUGAUUGGUUUAAUUCACACGAUAUGGCUUAUGGAAUAGCGACUACUCUUUAUGAAAAAAAUCCGACUAAUGAUUGUAAUAAUGGAGAACCAAUAGCUGAUUGUUUUGGUAUGAUUGCUCGACCUAACGCUGCUAUUCUUGCAUUAGCCGAUGGAGUCAAUUGGGGACCAAAAGCUAGUAUUGCGGCACGAUCAGCUGUUCACGGGAGUAUUGAGUACUUGAAUAAAGCACUUUUCUCAUCGGCGAUAAAUAGUGGUGUGACAACGACUAGAGAUGUGUUUAUCGCUUUACUUCAAUCAUUCCAUGCAGCGCAUUCGCUGAUUCUCGAGGAGCAAGGCAUGCUGACAACUCUCACUGUUUGUGUUGUUUUGCCACUACCAAGAACUGCUUCCGGCUCUAAUUCUUCAGUUAAAAAAUACGUUGCCUGUACUUGCAAUGUUGGGGAUAGUCUUGCUUAUGUUUACUCGAGGAAAACCGGAGUGAGAGAAAUAACGCGCGGUUGCCGAGAUAUUCAUUGCAUGCGGGACAUGCGUGACGCUCUCGGAGCACUGGGUCCGGUUGCUGGUUGUAAUCCUGAAUUGAAGAAUUUAACAUUGUCAAUGACCGAGGUGGAACAAGGUGAUAUCGUUUUUCUAACGAGUGAUGGAAUAUCGGAUAAUUUUGAUCCAGUGGUGGGUAAAUUUGCCGUUUUGCCAAGCAAUAAUGGUGUCAGUUUUAAUGCCGAUCGAUCGGCAAAAGCCGAUGGUCGACAGAAAGCGCGACGUAAAUCGGUGGAUCAUUCGCAAAGAGCUGAAAGUGAAAUUAAUAGCGAUUUACCAGUCGUCGAAGCAUAUCAGAGGCAUGAAUUAACAUUAUUGAGAAUGGAGGAUCUUUUGAAAAGAGGAGUUUCCGGUGAAGGGCCACCUUGUAAUAGCGCUAAACGAUUGUGUGAACUUGUUUUAGAUUUCUCGGUUCGCAUAACUGCUGCUAAACGACGAAUUUUGGAGGACAUUGAUUUGUACUACGCACAACAAAAGAGCGGUGAAUUGGUACCACUCACAAAAACAGAGCAGAAAAUUCGUCGUCGCAAAACAAUAGAUAAGAUUUCAAUGGUGCCAGGAAAGUUGGAUCAUGCGACUGUAGUUGCAUACAUGGUUGGAUCCUACAAAUUUGACUAAUCAUUAGUUACGUACGCCAAAUGUUUUUUUUUUUUUCACCCAAAUGUUUUAUUUUCCUCAACGUUUAGGAAAAGCCAGAAAGAAAUUAUUAUUAUAUAUCUUUACGAUUUUUGUAAGUUUUUUAUAAAAACUUGUUUUUUUAUACUAGAUGGAAACGGGAAAAAUAACAAUUUUUUCUAUUUGUUAAGUUUUGUAUUUUAGUUGUUACUUUUUUUUUGUAUUAACAACGUGAUUUGUUUCCUCUUAGUUGAGGACUUUUUAUUCUCAAAUAGUUGAAAUAACUAUAGUUGACGUCCCACUAAAUAAAUGUAUUUUCAUAAAUACAUUGUCAGCAUUAAAUUUGUGAUUGAUAAGUAAUCAAAGCAGGCUUUUGAAGAUUUAAAUAAUCUAUAUUUCCAAUGUUAAAUGGAAAGAAAAGACAAAAAAGUCGCUAGUGACUAAGUGUAUUUUAAAAUAAAUUCUACUUGCAGAAUUAAAAUGAAAAUUGUAGAACCUUUGAAUUCUGAAAAAUCUAUCAAAAAUAUUACUGGCCUAAUUUGCGAUUAAAUUUAAAAAGAUAAUAAUCCAAUUUCAGAAAUCAAAGGUUAUUCGAUAAUAUUUUAACAAGAGUAGAAAUUCGUCGCUUUUCUCAGGAAUAGAAAACCAAUAAGAGAACAGCCAAAAAAAGAAAA